AUGACAACUCUUGUUUUAUUCCUCCAACUUCUUUCCAUCAUCCCAUUAGCACUUGGUUUCGGGUUAAACCACCCAAACUGUGACCUAACCAACACUCAAGACCAAGGCUCGACCCUAAGAAUCUUCCACAUAGACAGUCCUUGCUCUCCUUUCAAAUCAUCAUCCCCACUCUCAUGGGAAGAGCGUGUUCUGAAGACGCUGGCUCAAGACCAAGCCCGUCUCCAGUACUUGACCAGCCUCAUAGCGGGGAGAUCUGUGGUUCCAAUCGCCUCGGGACGUCAAAUGUUGCAAAGCACAACAUACAUUGUCAAGGCUAAGAUCGGUACUCCGGCUCAGACUCUGCUCCUAGCCAUGGACACAAGCAGUGACGUGGCUUGGUUACCUUGCUCCGGUUGCGUUGGCUGUCCUUCAACCACCGGAUUUUCUCCGGCUAAGUCCACUUCCUUCAAGAACGUCAGCUGCAGUGCUCCUCAGUGUAAGCAGGUACCAAACCCAACGUGCGGAGCACGCGCGUGCUCUUUCAACCUAACCUAUGGAAGCUCCUCCAUUGCGGCUAACCUCUCUCAAGACACGAUCCGUCUCGCCGGCGAUCCGAUCACCGCCUUUACCUUCGGUUGCGUCAACAAAGUCGCCGGUGGAGGAACUGUCCCACCACCACAAGGCUUGUUGGGCUUAGGACGAGGCCCAUUAUCACUUAUGUCACAAGCUCAGUCACUUUACAAGUCUACGUUCUCUUACUGUUUGCCAAGUUUCAGGUCACUCGCUUUCGCGGGAUCGCUUAGACUCGGUCCAACUUCACAGCCCCUGCGCGUGAAGUACACGCAACUCUUGAGAAAUCCGAGGAGGUCUUCUUUGUAUUACGUUAACCUCGUCGCGAUCCGCGUUGGUCGGAAAGUUGUGGACUUACCUCCGGCAGCUAUUGCUUUUAAUCCGGCCACCGGAGCUGGAACCAUCUUUGACUCCGGGACUGUCUACACACGGUUGGCUAAACCGGUUUACGAGGCGGUGAGGAACGAGUUCAGGAAGCGCGUGAAGCCAGCUACCGCCGUGGUGACGUCACUCGGCGGUUUCGACACGUGCUACACGGGGCAAGUGAAGGUGCCGACAAUAACAUUCAUGUUCAAGGGAGUGAACAUGACGUUGCCUGCUGAUAACCUCAUGUUACACAGCACGGCCGGAAGCACGUCGUGCCUCGCCAUGGCCGCAGCGCCGGAGAAUGUAAACUCUGUCGUCAAUGUAAUCGCAAGCAUGCAGCAGCAGAACCACCGUGUCCUGAUCGACGUUCCCAAUGGAAGGCUCGGUUUGGCACGUGAACGAUGCUCUUAA